GAGGGUACUGGUAUCCUAAGAUGGCGGCAAUGAUGCAGUGAUGUGCUGAAUUGGGCACUCCUUUUUGAAAAAGGGGAAGAUAAAACGUUGAGUUUAACCAAGAUAACGAAAACUACGGAAAACCUUUUGAUACCUAAGCAAACGAACCAGGUGCCCAAUCCGUCAAAAACUAGCACACACUGCACAUCUGAGGUACUAUAGAGGGACAACAGCAGGACAACAAGUGACACAGAGCAUCAACACAAGAAUCUUCAAACAAACUUCUCGUCCAAUGUCUGUCAGAAAGAUGAAUAGUCCUCAGUGGAAGAAAUUCCAGCCGCCAGCCCAAGAUCCCGCCAUCAUGUCUUUCCAUCAGGGUCCCAACAUAGUUUCAUCUUACAAUAAUAUUCCAACAUCAGGCAACAAUGGUCUUAGGGAAACAGGGAUAAUUGACAAACUUCAGCAUUCCUAUGGAUUUAUUCAGUGCUGUGAUAGAGAAGCCAGGCUCUUUUUCCACUUCAGUGAAUAUAGUGGUGAUAUAGACACCAUGAAAAUAGGAGAUGCUGUGGAAUUCCAAAUGUCUUACGACAGGAGGACGGGGAAGCCUAUAGCAGUGACUGUGGUGAAGGUGGACAACAGCAUGGUGACCACAGAGAUUCUCAGUGAUGAGCGCUUUGUCGGCAGCAUUGUUCAGGUGGCCAAACCAUCGCAUGCAAAAAAUGGAACAGUUGUUAACACUCAGGAUGGGCUUGGUCGAGUCACCUAUGAACAUAAUGGAGAGUGCUUCUUCCUGCCCUAUGGUCUGGAGGAUUUGUCGGACAGUGGCGUGAAACUCAAACCAGGAGACCAGGUCAUGUUUCACAUAGCCACAGAUAAAAGGAAUGGUAACAUACGUGCAAGGCAGAUCGAGAUGCUGCAGCCUCCGAGUCAGCAGAGGUUCCAGGGAGUUGUGUGUUCCAUGAAAGAGACGUUCGGCUUCAUUGAGAGAGCUGAUGUAGUGAGGGAGAUUUUCUUUCACUACAGUGAAUUCAAGGAUAACAUCAAUGAGCUAAUACUCGGGGAUGAUGUGGAAUUUAGUGUUCAGAAUAGAAAUGGCAAAGAAGUUGCUGUAGAUAUAUCUCGCUUACCAGAAGGAACUGUGAUAUUUGAGGAUAUUGGUCUGGAUAUGAUACAAGGAAAAGUGCUAAAAACUUUAAAGAAUGGCAACAAUCGUCGACAGAGUGAUCCUCUUGGUGGGAGAAUUAUAUAUGAAACACCUAAAGGUACAAUGGAUAUUCCAUUUGGUGAUAAAGACCAGAAGGGUGAUUAUACUCUCCAGCAAGGUGACACUGUGGAGUUCAACAUUGCAACUGACCGUCGUGAUAAACUCCAGCGGGCAACCAACAUACAGCUGACGGAGGAAACAUUUGAUACUGUUGGGGAAGUCCGAGAAACGGGAUUAGUUGUGAGCUUGAAAGAAGGCUAUGGGUUUAUCCAGUGUGCUGACCGAGAAGCUAGAAUGUUCUUCCACUUUAGUGAACUGCUUGAUCCAACAUUUGCAGUGAACGUACAGGAUGAUCUUGAGUUUACUGUUGCACAGGAUCCCUCUGCCUCCAAUCGUCAGAUUGCCAUUCGUAUCAAGCAUCUUCCUAAAGGUUCUGUGUCUUUCCUGACCAUUCAUAACGAAAAAUAUAUUGGAACAGUAGAUAGAGAGCCUGCAACUCAUAAAACACAAGCCAAGAACAAAGAACAAGAGGGUGGUAACGUUGUCUUUGACUAUGAAGGCACCAUCCAAUCUAUAACGUAUUUUACUAAAGACCUUGUGGAGAUGAAACAGGCUCCCCGCUAUGGUGACAAGGUUGAAUUUUCGAUAGGGGAACAAAAGUCCAAUAACAAGCGCCAAGCUGUGAAUGUUCGAGUGGUUUUGAGGAACAUCACUGGUCGCUGUCAGGGCUUUAUUGCAACACUGAAAGAUAAUUAUGGCUUCAUAGAGAAUGCAGAACAUGACAAGGAAGUCUUCUUCCACUAUAGUUCGUUCGACAAGGAUGCCAAUGAUCUGGAACUAGGAGAUGAAGUAGAGUAUAUCCUUGCUCGAAAAAGCAGCAAAUUAAGUGCCGAAAAUAUCCGCAAGUUGCCAAAAGGAACUGUUGCACCAGAGGAAAUGAUGCGAGAUCAGGGUAUCCUGCAGGGAAAGAUUAUCCGUCCAAUGAGGAUCGUCAACCCUGAGCAGGAUGAAUACUGUGGUCUGGUGCAGGUGAGGGAGGAGGACGACCCAAGCAUGGUCACCUAUCCAUAUGGAAUCACAAGUCUAGCAGACAAGCGUGAUUUCCUUCAGAAAGGGGACAUUGUCAAGUUCAAUGUUGCUAUUGUGAAGUCCUCUGGGUCUCACCGAGCUGUCAACAUAGCAGCACUGCGGAAGUAUGUUCGAGCCAGGGUGGAUUCUGUCAAGGGACAGUUUGGGUUUAUCCAGUAUGAGGUAGAAGAAGGCAAGAAGCUGUUCUUCCACAUGACAGAAGUCCAUGAUGGAGCUGAAAUUCAGCCAGGGGAUGAAGUGGAGUUUGUCGUUGUCCAAAACCAAAGAAACGGAAAAUACUCAGCCUGCAGUCUCAGGAAAAUCACAGACCGUCAGCGCCCAGAACGCCUUAUCAGUCGGCUGAAAAGUAUGUCGGACGAGGUUGGGCAGCGCAUGAUGAUCAUCAGAGCACCCAAAGGCCCCGAUAACACAAAAGGCUUUAUACAGCCCCGACUACCAUGGACGCCAACUGUUUGAGUUACAAGCUAAAGUCGAUGUCAGUUUUUGCCGUCUUAUGCAGAUGAACAAAAAAAAUCUAAGUUAUAAAAAAAAAAUAGUCACUAAUUGUCAAAGUGUCUUUCAUUUCUACAUUUUUGUGCCUCAAAAUGCCUAUCCUAUGUCUUUGAUUCCUCUAUGGAGGCCGAUGGCUCCCCUUUUUGUAUGUAUGUUUGUAUGUAUGUGUGUGUAUGUCAGCUGCCCAAGUGAGAGAAUUAAAUCCUAUGAUGUAGUAGACAGAAAUGAAAUCCUUGUUUGGCUGUUGCUUGUGAACGUGACACAAUUUUAAGAAAAAAGCCUCACCAAAAACCAAAAAAAAUAUUUAAAAAACUUCCCAGUUGUUAAAUGUGUAAAAGAUGUUUCUUGCCUGUAAAAGGCUUUAGCUACUUUUCCUUGUGUUUUGUUUUUCUUCUCAAAGUUUUAUAUCAUUUACCCUGCCUUAUAAGGCUAAAGUGGGCAAUUUUCAGGUGGCGUUUUAUCAUGAAGUAUUUUGACUUUGUGGAGUUGGUGAGCUGACUAAGGAAUCACUAAUUUCAUGUUUGGUGCAUCAGUUUUGACCAGAUUUUUACCAUCAUUGUUGUGUACAGAUUAACCAUAUUUUGCUGCAAUGCUGAGACAGAACUGUGCAUAAUGUAUAAUGUGACAAUAACAAAUGUAUGCUGAUACCUAUAAUAACACAUUAAAAUCAUGAGUAUCAUCCGUGUAAACAGUAUUUUGUUAAGCAAUUUAUGAUGGAGUUAUGGACGAUUUGUAACAAUGCUUGCAGCUAUAUAUCAUCAUGUAGAGGACACGUAUCAGCAUUGAUAGAUUGCUGACCACAUGCUCACUAGCCUACUGACGGACUGUGUUCCUGUAGACUAAGUGCAGGCUUUGUGAUAUUGUUGUUAACUUGGGCCUGCUUAUGAUUAGAUGUCCAAGAAACAAGUUCACAAUGCUCAUGAAGCCUCUGUUUUAACGUCCAAAUUAACCGGACUAAUACUGGUCUCGUAGGAAGCAAAACUGUUAAGGCUAAAAAUGAAAUUGGUUCUCAUGCAUUGGCUUUUGGAAAAAUAGUGCGGACAGGAAGCCUUCUUUUGGUGUGUCCACACUAGUAUGUUACAAAAUAAGCAGUUGUGUUCAAUCACGCUGAGAAAAGGCCUCCCAACAGUCUUUGAAGAGAAUUUUUUUGAUGAAUUAUCUCCUAUUGUCAAAUUUGAAGCAGUUUGUGGUCACCUUGGUAACUCUUCAAGGAGUGAAAACAAAACAAAAAGUCACACAAUAUUAUAUUCCGUUUACCAUUCAAUAUUGUUUACAUUAAUUUCGGCAAACUUGUGUGUGAAAAUGAUCGGCUUAUACACGUGUCAGACUUUAUGAAGAUGCGGCUGUGCCUGAGAACCAAGACUAUUUUUUUAGCGUAAUAUGAAACUAUUUAUUGAAGCAACUCCUUUUAUUUGUUAUUCGUUGAUUUGGCAAUCUGAAACCUUUCCAUACUUAUUUUGUCUGUAAUAACCAUGAAACUAUGUGCUCAAUGGCUGAGAUUACGUUGCCUCUUGAAGCAACUGCACCGAGCCAUUCUGCUCAGGACUACUUAGGUCCUUGAUGGAAAGACUGCGAUACUUGUUACGUUUUCUUGUAUGGCAACUAAAUGCAACAAGAUCAUCCGCCAGGCUUGCCUGAGAAAUAAAAUAAAUCAACCAAA